AUGACCGACGAACGCAGACCACGUCUCCAACGCUCGCCUUUCGCAGCACUUCUCCACUCCCACCGCAUCUACCUCCUCUUCUCCGCGUUCUCCCUCGCAACAGCUGUUUUUGUUGCUCUCCGACUGGGGUUCUUUUCGACACUAUUCGUCUACUUCCCCCUGGUCGUGCUAUGCGUCCCAGCACUUACCCUCUUUGAUGCGUCCGAUGUUCGAAACAUUCGCGCUUGGUCUAAACGACGGAGAACACGUUUUGCACUAUGCAUUGGCUGGUGUGCAUUCCUCCUGUUAGCGCCAGCCUACCCGUUGUCCGGACGUUCAUCUUACAUGAAUUCACGGAGCCCUACCCACCUCCCUCGCCUCCCCAAGCUUCCAGAUGGCGGCAAUCAUACUUACUUCAUUGCUGCUAACCUCUACGACUACGGACCGCAUCUUCCCUACUGGACACGCCAACUCCAUCUACUUAUUGACCAUCUCGGACCCCUCAAUGUAUUCGUCUCAAUUUACGAGUCCAACUCGCACGACCGAACUAAAGCGUUGCUGAAGAAAUUUCAAGGCGAGCUUUCCCGGUCAUCGGUCCGGAACCGCGUGUUGAUGGAGGAGGACGGGCGGAGGCGCCAGGGUUGGCAGAGCAAUGGGCAUGAAAGGGUCCGAUAUAUGGCGGAUAUGCGGAACCGUGCAAUGGAGCCGCUGGCAGACGGUCUUCGGGGAAAGCAAUUUGACAAAGUGGUCUUUUUCAACGACAUAUACUUCGAAUGGACCUCUAUCGUACGACUCCUCGCAACGAAGGAAGGGAACUUUGACCUUGCUUGUGCAUUAGACUUUGAUGGAAUUGGGUUAUAUGACACCUGGGUCAUUCGUGACUCUUGCGGUCACCGUACGAAAGAAAUCUGGCCGUAUUUCGCCUCAGAUUCCGUUGCGGUUGAGACGCUGCGACGAGAGGACCCCGUUGAGGUUGCAACCUGCUGGAACGGCGUCGCAGCAUUCGAUGCUCACUGGUUCCGUCACUCAAACGGCACAAGCCACAUUCCUGCCGGCCCGCCUUUAGCUUUUCGCGCCGACUCGACAUGUACUGAAUCUGAGUGUCUACUCAUCGGCUUCGAUAUGCAUAUCCGAACUAAACCACAACGACCGCGUAUCUAUGUCAACCCACAGGUGAACGUUGCUUAUACUCCGCAAAACUGGCUGUACUACAUCAAGAUCAAGCAUCUCUCCAUAACACGUCCCUGGCGAAUACUGUGGGAGGACUGGAUAGCACAUGGGCUUUUCUGGUGGGUCAGCGAUCGGUAUUGGCUGACGAACGAGGGGUGUCCGUUUGUGCAAGAAGGGCUUGUCAAAGCAAGCCAUUGUCUUCCUUGA